UAGAUUCAACAGAAACUGUCAGAAAUGAGUCAUUACAAUCAACAUAUUUUUCUUGUUUAUACUCAGAACCAACCAUACAUUGAAAAUAUGCCGCUACAAGAUGUUUUUGAGAACGUUGAAAUUCCAGCUGCGGAAGUGCCUGACCCUCAAGUGAUGGAACAGGUGUUUUCUGACGAUUCCGUGGAUCAACCACCAAAGGUGACAACCACUUCUUCCGUGAAUACAGGAAAAGGCUUGAAACGCAACAGGUCUGAAACUCAGAAACCAGCUAAACCUCGUAAGAUGCAGAAAGGCAACGACAUCGCAGAUGAUCAUGUCCAACCAAAAAAAAUGAACUUCAUUGAAUGCAUUACUGAAUUACGUAGACUGGCCUACGAAGUAAGCGACUGUUAUGAACAUUAUAAAGCUUUGAAAGAGAGACAUGAUCAAAUCAUAGACCGUGAUAUUCCAAAUAUUUACAAGGAAAUUACAGCAAGAAUGGAGCUUACAAACUCAGAACACGAUCAGAUGGGUGGAGGGUUGCACCAGAGAGGUAGAAGAAAGUGCAAGAAGUCCGCACCAGGAGAUCUGUACUGGAAAAGAAGACUUAAAUUGAUAAAAAAGGCAAGACAAACUCUUGCCAGGUCCAAAAAGUAAACAAAAACAA